AUGGCGGACGCUGCAAGGACUGCAAAAGAGAAUGCGAUGUCUAUGGCUGCAUCUGGGAAAGAACAGGCGUAUGACGCUGGACUGGCAGCGAAGGAGUCAACCAGCUCUGCGGCCGAAAAAGCUGGUGACUAUGCGUCGAGCGCUGGAAUGAAGAUGAGUGACACGGCAGGCAACGCUAUGGAGACUACAAAGGAUUACGCAAAGAGCGCGGGAGAAAAGAUCAGCGACACUGCCGCUAACAUUGCCGGGGGUGCAGCCAAUACAGGAAGAUCUGCGAAGGACAUGGCUGCAGACGCUGCGGCCGCUACGGGUCAGACUCUCAGUGACGCUGCGGAGGCAGCCAAAGAUGCAGCUGUUGAUGUUGGCAGGAAGAUCAAAGAAUCUAUGUCGUAG